AUGUCUAUCUCGAAUCCCAACCAGCCCUCAGGUCCGUAUGAAGCCGGGAAACACAUCAUCCCUCCGCCCCGACCCAGUUCCCCCGCGACGGCCGAGUACCGUCUCAACCACCUGAUGGUGCGUGUCAAAGAUCCAAACAAGAGUUUGGAGUUUUAUUGCGAUUGCAUGGGCAUGCACGUCAUCUUCAUCUUCAACGCCGGCCCAUGGACAAUAUACUACCUCGGUCCGCGCGACGUGGACAUAUCUGUCCUCGGUACCUCAAAAGGCCUCCUCGAACUCUACCACGUCCCCGCCGACGCCGAGACGCCCUAUGUUUCUGGUAAUGACUACGGCAGACCCGGUGUCGGGUUCGGACAUAUUGGCUUCACGGUGCCUGAUGUUGCCGAGACACUGGAGCGGGUCAAGAGGUUUGGGUUCGAGGUUGUGAAGCCGUUAGGGGAGGCGGAGGUCGGGCAGAUGGGGUUGCCUGGGGAUGUGGUGGAGGGUCGGUUUGGGGCGGUGGCGGGGGGGUAUAAGGCUGUGUUUGAGCAGUUGGCGUUUGUGAGGGAUCCGGAUGGGUAUUGGGUUGAGCUUGUGCCGCAGGUUGUUAGGUCGUAA